GCAACUCGAAACUAAACUGUGCAAAACAUUGCCCUUGAGGCAGUUUGUUUCAUAGUUUAUUAAUUUUAUUAUGAACUAAUAACUGUUUGAAAGCCGAAAUAUUUUACAAUGGUUAUUCAUACCAAGAAAUUUAAAGACUAUGUCCAUUAUUAUGAUUUUUUCGCCACCCCUGAUGGCCAAGAUUGCUUACCAAAAACUUAUUACUACACGAAGUAUGGAGCUAUUGGAGGGGCUAUAUUUUCAAUAUAUGAAAUGGCUCUAGUUUCCAGACCAACAACAUUUUACAGUACAGUCGCCAGAUUUGGGCAUUUUACAUUUCCAUUUGCUGGCAUGGGAUUUGUCUUUGGUUCCUCGAUAUGUAUCCUUGGACAGAUGAGGAAGAAGGACGAUACUGUCAACCAUUUCAUUGGAGGUGCACUGGCCGGAGCAGUUUGGGGGUUGAAAUAUAACAGAAUUCAAACUGGUCAUGUGAUGGGGUUAUUUGUUGGAUUUAUGGCUGCAUACUUUAAAUAUUUCCAUGUGCACAAUAUUCCAUUGUUCAAUAUGAGAGGACCUGAAACUAUCAGAAGUGACCCAAGAUACGAUUUUACCAUCAAAGUAUAUGAUGAUCCAGGGCGACCCAUUGAAGCUUAAAAAUUAGGAAUGAUAAAUUAUUAUUUCUUCGAAUUAGAUUUAAAAUAAACAUUUUCACUUUGUUUUUUAGUGAUGGUGAUGCUAAUAAAAAAUGUAAAUAUGAAA